GCGACUGCCCUCCGAGCCUCCCCCCCUGCCUCGGAGUUGGGGAGGAAAGUUGUCCUCUUUUUGGGCCCCUUCCCCUCCUCCCAACCUGGAUUUUGGAGCCUGGAAGAAGAUCCCGGGGCUGGGCAGGAUGGGCAAUGCAGCGGGCAGCAUGGAGCAGUCUCCGGGCAAGGAGGCGAAGGCUCAAGCGCCAGGCUCGGGGCUGCCGGCCAAGCAGCCUGCGCCCCCAAAGCAGCCGAUGCCCAGCGAGGGGGAGCUGGAGGAGAGAUUCAGCCGCGUGCUGAAUUCCAUGAACUUGCCUCCUGACAAGAUGAAACUUCUCAGCCAGUACGACAAUGAGAAGAAGUGGGAUCUGGUCUGUGACCAGGAACGGGUCCAAGUUAAGAACCCACCCUCUGCAUACAUCCAGAAACUGAAGAGCUACCUGGAGACAGGCGGAGUCAGCAGAAAGGUGACCCCCGACUGGUCAACUGCCUUGUUUAAGAGGCGCGUGCAGGAGUCCACACAGGUGCUUCGGGAGCUGGAAAUCUCCCUGCGGACCAACUACAUUGGGUGGGUCCAGGAGUUCCUGAAUGAGGAGAACAAGGGGCUGGAUGUGCUACUGGAGUAUCUCGCCUUUGCGCAGUGCUCUGUCACGUAUGAUAUGGAGAGCACAGAUAACGGGAGCCCGGGCUCUGACAAAGGGAAGCCCCUGGACAGAUCUGUAGAGGACCUCACCAAGAGCAACUCCUCGUCCCCCACGCAGGGCUCCUCCAAAGCGAGACACCUGACGGUCAGACUCAACCCAACGCAUAGCAGGAAAGCACUGCGGAACUCGCGCAUCGUCAGCCAGAAGGACGACGUCCAUGUCUGCAUCAUGUGCCUGCGCGCCAUCAUGAACUACCAGUCUGGAUUCAGCCUGGUAAUGAACCAUCCAGCCUGUGUCAACGAGAUCACCUUGAGCCUGAAUAAUAAGAAUCCCAGAACCAAAGCACUUGUCCUGGAGCUGCUGGCUGCUGUAUGCCUGGUCCGAGGGGGGCAUGACAUCAUCCUUGCUGCAUUUGACAAUUUCAAGGAGGUCUGUGGGGAGAAGAAUCGCUUUGAGAAGCUGAUGGAGUAUUUCCGGAAUGAGGACAGUAACAUUGACUUCAUGGUGGCCUGCAUGCAGUUUAUCAAUAUUGUAGUGCACUCAGUGGAGAACAUGAACUUCCGAGUCUUCCUACAGUAUGAAUUCACUCAUCUGGGCCUAGAUGAGUACCUUGAGAGGCUGCGCCACACAGAGAGCGACAGGCUACAAGUGCAGAUUCAGGCAUACCUGGACAACAUCUUCGAUGUGGGUGCCCUGCUAGAGGAAACGGAGACCAAGAAUGCUGUGCUGGAGCACAUGGAGGACCUGCAGGAACAAGUGGCACAGCUCACAGAGAAGCUCCAGGACUCAGAGAAUGAGUCCAUGGCCAAGAUCGCAGAACUGGAGAAGCAGCUGAAUCAGGCACGCCGGGAACUGGAGAUGCUUCGGGACCAGCUCAGCGAGUCUGCCAGCCCAGUGAGCUCCCCCCUGCAGCCACCGCCACCAUCACAGCCACAGCCACAGCCGCCAACAGAAUCAUAUCGCUCGGCUUUGGAGCAGAAGCUGGAGGAGCUGGAGGAUAAAGGGUUAGUCCGGAUCCUGCGUGGGCCAGAGGGAGACGUUGCCAUCGAGAUUGUCCCUGUUGUCAUAGAAACGCCAAUCGUCCCCGUGGUUACUAUAGAAGCCUCCGCCUCUACCAGCACAGAUUUCCUGUCUCCUUCCACCCCUCUCCCACCACCAUCUCCUGCUGCAGCUCCAGCUCUUCCUCCACCACCCCCACCACUACCCCCCACCAAAGAUGCUGGCCCUCCCACCCCAUCCAGCGAGCAACAGUCCCUGCCUUCUCCACCACCGCCAGCCCCACCCCUCCCUGGUGUUGACACCCCUCCACCUGCCCCACCAUUGCCUGGGGUGGAAAUCCCACCCCCACCUCCCCUCUCAGCAACUAAUGGCCCUGCUCCUCCUCCACCCCCACCCCCACCCAUGGGACAGCCGCUGGGAGGAAGCCUAAUCACAGCAGCCAGCUCAGUCAAAGUCAAAAAGACAAUACAAACCAAGUUCCGGAUGCCCAUUUUCAACUGGGUAGCUCUGAAACCCAACCAGAUAAAUGGGACUGUCUUCAACGACCUCAAUGAUGAGAAGAUCUUGGAGGAGCUGGACAUGAAUGACUUUGAGGAGCAUUUCAAGACCAAGGCACAAGGACCCAGCCUGGACAUUGGCACCCUGAAGACAAAGGCCACUCAGAAGGCCCCCAGCAAGGUGACGCUGAUAGAAUCCAACCGGGCCAAGAACCUGGCCAUCACACUCCGCAAAGGUGGCUUCAGCAUUGACAGCAUCUGCAAAGCCAUCCAGACGUACGACCUGCAGACACUGAGCCUAGACUUCCUGGAAUUGCUGGAGCGCUUCCUGCCCACAGAGUAUGAACUGCUGCAGAUACGCAAGUAUGAGAAGGAGCAGCGGCCAUUGGACGAGCUAUCAGAUGAGGACCAGUUCAUGAUCAAGUUCAGCAAACUCCCACGCCUGGCUGAGCGCAUGAACGUCAUGACCUUCCUGGGCAACUUCAGUGACACAGCACAGCGCCUGAUGCCGCAACUCCACUCCAUUAUCGCUGCGUCCAUGUCCAUCAAGUCCUCCACAAAGCUGCGUAACAUCCUGGAGAUUGUCCUGGCCUUCGGGAACUACCUGAACAGCAGCAAACGUGGGGCUGCCUAUGGGUUCCGGCUGCAAAGCCUUGAUGCGCUGCUGGAGAUGAAGUCCACGGACCGGAAGCAGACACUGCUGCACUAUAUGGUGCGGGUGAUCAACGACAAGUACCCAGAGCUGACAGGUUUCCACACUGAGCUUCAUUUUCUGGACAAGGCAGGCACAGUGUCCCUGGACAGCAUGUUGCAGGAUGUGCGGAGCCUGCAGCAGGGCAUGGAGCUAACCCGCAAGGAGUUUAUGCGGCAGGAUGACAGCCAGGUGCUCAAGGACUUCCUCAAGGCCAACACCGAGGUGAUGGAGAAACUGCAGACUGAUGGGAAGACAGCCAAGGAGGCCUAUGAGUCGGUUGUGGAGUACUUUGGUGAGAAUCCCAAGACUACCCCCCCCACCAUGUUCUUCCCGACGUUUAUGCGCUUCAUCAAAGCCUACAAGCAAGCAGAACAGGACAUUGAAAUGUGGAAGAAACAGGAGGCAGCUGCCAAAGAAGCAGAGUCCAACCCCCCCAGCAAUGAGAAUCAGUCAGGACAAAAGUCUCCUGUCCAGAAAGCCAAGCGGCAGCAGAUGGACAUGCUUGCUGAGCUGAAGAAGAGGCAGAUGGUGAAAGAGCCCCUCAUUUAUGAGGGGAAAGAUGGUGCAAUUGAGGACAUUAUUACAGGUCUGCGGAACAACCCGUACCGGCGCGCCGACAUCACCAGGUGCAGUGGCAAGAAACGAUCCUCGGGGCAGACCCUCCAGGUGACCUCUGACAUCUCGCUGUGACCACUCCUGGCCUCUCCGUGGGCAGGCAUGGCAUGGGCCCACCAUCACUACUGCCUCUGCCCAGGAGGUGGCAGGACCCCAGGGACCAGGCCUCUCUGCAGACCUGUCAGACUGAACCAAGGACUCUUGCAGUAGGGGGGAAAUCACCACUUGCAGCUUCUUAAGCUACUUAACUGUGCAGAGUGCCAGCUGGGGCUGCCCUCCCCUGCACCCCAGCCCACCCACCCUUCGCAGGUCUGGCCCAGCAGACUCUCCAGGUAUUAUACAGCAGCUAUGUCCAAGCUGCCUGCUCCACCGUGCCAUUGGACUACUCCCCUUCUCCAGGCUCAGGGGACAGGAAUAGAGUGCAUGUGGCAGUUGUUCAGAGGUCCACAGGACAAGCAGAGAGGGCUGAGGCUCCUGAGAGCAAUAGCUGCCCCUUCCAUGGUCGCUGUCCCUGUUCCCCUCACCUCACACGCUGGACCAUGGCCACAGGUGGAAGAGCAUUGGGGGAGCUUCUGCUCUUCUCUAGUGUGUUCCUGCCUCCCUGUGUGCUGGUGCCUUUGUGCAGUCAGCGUUGGGGCAAAGUACAGGACCAGCCUGCUGCACUGCUCCUUGAACUGUGAUCUCUUCUCCCCCUGGGAUUGCCCUGCCACUAGGCUAGACCCUGCGCCCUUCCUCCUGCAACCUUAUUCCUUCCCCCUGCCAUACAGCAAGCAGAUAAGCCUGGGCUGCCCUUGCUUAGAAGCCAUCUGGGAAGGGGAAGGAGGCAAAGGGGGGGACCCACCAGAUAAUACUAGGCUGAGGUGAAGGGUUGGAGCCUAUUGCAAGGCUUUUACCACCAAAUGCUGCACCAACUCUCUUGGCUGGCACAUGUAGGCAGCUGGAUACGUCUUCCUUUAAAUUUUCUUUAUGCUGCGAUAAGUAGGCAAGGAGAGGCAAGCAGGAGAGUGACGAGGGAGGCUCCUGCUGUUUGUGCAGGGUCUCAGGAUGCAGAUGCAGCUGCAUUCUGCACUUGGGCAUUGGGUCCAAGUUGAGCAGCACUUGUCUGAUCCCCAACAGGCUCAGAUGCUCCGACAAUCAGUGGGGUUAAGGAUUUGCAAUUCCCUGUGUCCCCACAAGGUGUCGCACUUACCUUAAGCCGUCUGCAUCCCCAUGGCUGGGAUGGCACCUCAGAAGCAGCUCAGUGGUGUGGCCUGUUUGCAGGGCAUCCAAGGACAGACCAGUACCAAGGAGACCAGGUGCAGAAGGCUUGCAUGGGACUGUCCAGUAAAGCUAUAAGCACCCAAGGAUGCCUGGGUGGCCUCACUCAGGUAGUUGCAGUAAUACAUCUGUGCAGUACUCACUGCAGCUCAGGCAUGUGCAUCUAGACCCUGCAGCACACACAAUAGUAUCAAAGCCUUAGAAAGGCACAUCUGGUGCUGGUGCAUACAGCUGGGUUAUGUCCCCAGUUAGCAGGGCCCAUGCACUGCAGCCACCCUGCUAUGUCUGAAUCCUAAUCACUUACUAUUGCAAUUAAACAGCUGAUGCUUGCUAAGAGUAGGAGCCAUUUCCAUGAUGCAUUUACUACUUCAUUACACCCCCCACACCUGCCCGCCCAGCCUGAUCCAGGGCUUGUGGCUGCCAUGUAUUCUCGUGCUAGACCAGGCUUUUAGAGUGAAGCAAGCCUUAUUUGUAAGCCAGAGCUGCGCUUGCUUCCUGCUGUAAUUAAGAGGCAAGACUGCCACCUGCUUGGCAUCACUCUCACAAGCUCAUCACAAAAAGGGAUGGGGGGUGGGGGGAAUGAAUGUGUAACUUAUAAAGAUGCCUUUAAGAAAGAGUUGUAAGAAACAUUAACUGCUAAUUUGUAUACAUUAUUUUUAUAUUUUGUCUGUGAGGCUGUUAAAUCCAAAGCAGAGCUGGUAAUAAACCCACUCAAAGGAUAUAACACCUGUCUGGAGGGGGAGGGAGUCUUCUACCCAUCUGCCAUAAACCAGAGACACAAGGCGAGCAAGUCAUAGCUCACUACAUGGAAGGACUCGGUCAGAGCACUGCCUGCCGUCCCCCCACCUCCCUGGACAGAGACCUCUAUCUACUAAACAAAACAGGUGGGAGAAACUGACCCCUGCAAACAUGCACUACUGUUCCUCAGGGGAAGAGGAUCUGAUGAGUGAGGUUGAGCAGGGAGCAGGUUGAAAGCUCUCAACUGUACUUUGCUAUCAGGCCAUGGAGGUUGGGCCCUGUUUCACUGGACCUGAUUGUAGCCAAGUAGAGACUCAAAACAAAAGUAGAGCACUGUGGGGGAAGAGUCUGGAGCACUGCUCCAGCUGGCAGACAAGCCGCAUCUUGUAGGGUGAACCCGAACAGAAACAUGCCUUUCAAAGAGGCCAACAGGCAUCUGAAGGUCUCCUCUUCCCCCACUCCCCCACCCAGCAGCACAUUUUCCUUUUUAUUUCACAUUUGAAAAAAAAAAAAAAGAGCAUGGUUCCUCCUUUCCUUAUUACAUAGCUUGUUUGUCACCCUCAGGUUCCUGUUUCUCAUGGUGUAGUGGAUCCCCCUUGCUGACACCAAAACUGUAACAGUGGUUCUCCUGGCAUUUAAAAAACAAAAGCAGAACAGAUGCACAUACAACUCAAAGCUCUUGUGGUUUUUCAAGCAGUAUCUCAGCCAGGAGACCAGAUCAAUUAGGGCAAUGUAGGAAGUUGCCCUUUGAAUAGUGGGCAGCCUAAUAUAGACUGUGGUUAUUGUAACCUAGUUGCUUUCUUGAACUGAGAUGGUUUGAACCUGGGCCUAAUCUUAUCCAGUAUUUCUGAAAAGACCAUUCUUCCUUUUUUUUUUUUUCCCCUCUCACUGACGCAGGGAAACUAGUUUUUUUCCUUCUUCCUGGUACUACUCGUGGCUAUUUUUUAAGGGUAAGGUAAAUACACUCAAGUUUAAAUGACUGGUUCUGUUGUCAGACUUGUCAACUCCAAGACAGCUGCAGAUUUAGAGGUGGGGUCAGAAGACCUCAAUAGCCUCAGCUUGCUUUUCCCUGCCCCAUGGGAUUGUUCCAAGUGUCUAUCUGCCAAGGUGUUGCCAAGUGUUC